CGCGCCUGCGCUCUGUCAGCCCCGCUUCCUAGAGUGGGGAAGUGACUAGGAGCGCCCUCUCCCCGCAGGGUCUGCCCGGGUGCGCCGCCCCCUUAGCUUCCAACCUGCCUCUGGUCUCACGCGGCCCUUCCCCGGCAGCUGUUGCCCCAGAGGCGAGGACACUGCCUCUCUCGCUGGUGCUGGAGCCCCCCGAGCGGCUCGAUAGCCUCGUCUGGGGGUCGCGGCUCGCUACGGGAAUUCGAUCGUUCCCUGCCUGUUAAACGUCUGUCCCCUUCCCCCGUUGCCGUGGAGCGGGCCCGGGGCCCGGAGCCCGCCAUGCCCGCCGCGGCGGCAGCGCCGAUUAUCCGCUGCGUGCAGAAGUUGGUGCUGUACGAGACCAGAGCUCGGUAUUUUCUUGUUGGGAGUAAUCAUGCAGAGACCAAGUAUCGUGUUUUGAAAAUUGAUCGCACUGAACCAACGGAUUUAGUUGUAAUUGAUGAUAAGCAUGUGUACACACAACAAGAGGUGAGGGAACUUCUUGGCCGCCUAGAUCUGGGAAAUAGAACAAAGAUUGGACAGAAGGGCUCCUCUGGGUUAUCUCGAGCUGUCUCUGCUUUCGGUGUCGUAGGUUUUGUUAGAUUUUUAGAAGGCUACUACAUUGUGUUAAUAACAAAAAGGAGAAAGAUGGCAGAUAUUGGAGGGCAUGCAAUAUACAAAAUAGAAGAUACAAAUAUGAUCUAUAUUCCAAAUGACACUGUACGAAUCACUCAUCCUGAUGAAGCAAGAUAUCUACGAAUCUUUCAAAAUGUGGACCUGUCUAGCAAUUUUUAUUUUAGCUACAGCUAUGAUCUGUCACACUCUCUUCAAUAUAAUCUUACCAUCCUGAGAAUGCCACUUGAGAUAUUAAAAACUGAAACAAUUCAGACUCGACCGGAGAGCUUUGAUAUCUUUGAAGAUGAGGGACUUACAGCACAAGGUGGAAGUGGUGUAUUUGGGAUUUGCAGUGAACCAUAUAAAAAGUAUGUGUGGAAUGGUCAACUGCUGGAUGUAGUUAAAAACACUGUUCAUCAUGACUGGCUGUUGUAUGUUAUUCAUGGAUUUUGUGGGCAGUCCAAACUGUUAAUAUACGGUCGUCCAGUGCAUGUCACUCUGAUAGCCAGAAGAUCAAGCAAAUUUUCUGGAACACGUUUUCUAAAGAGAGGAGCAAACUCUGAGGGGGAUGUUGCUAAUGAAGUAGAAACUGAACAAAUACUUUGUGAUGCUUCGGUGAUGUCAUUUUCUGCAGGGAGCUAUUCUUCUUACGUUCAAGUUCGAGGCUCAGUCCCUCUAUACUGGUCUCAAGAUAUUUCAACUAUGAUUCCCAAGCCACCAAUUACAUUGGACCAAGCAGAUCCAUUUGCACACAUAGCUGCACUUCACUUUGAUCAAAUGCUUCAGAGGUUUGGCUCUCCCAUUAUCAUUUUGAAUCUUGUCAAGGAACGUGAAAAAAGAAAGCAUGAAAGGAUUCUGAGUGAAGAACUUGUUGGUGCAGUGACAUAUCUCAAUCAAUUUUUACCCCCAGAACAUGCUAUUGUGUAUAUUCCUUGGGAUAUGGCCAAAUACACAAAAAGCAAACUGUGUAAUGUCCUGGAUAGAUUGAAUGUAAUUGCGGAAAGUGUAGUGAAGAGAACAGGAUUCUUUGUAAAUCGUCCUGAUUCCUACUGCAGCAUCUUGCGGCCAGAUGAAAAAUGGAAUGAACUGGGAGGUUUUGUUGUUCCCACUGGUCGCUUACAGACUGGUGUUCUUCGAACCAAUUGUGUUGACUGUUUAGAUCGCACUAACACAGCCCAGUUCAUGGUGGGGAAGUGUGCUUUAGCCUAUCAGCUCUAUUCUUUGGGGUUGAUUGAUAAACCCAAUCUGCAGUUUGACACAGAUGCUGUUAGAUUGUUUGAGGAGUUGUAUGAAGAUCAUGGAGAUACACUUUCUCUGCAAUACGGAGGUUCUCAACUUGUUCAUCGAGUAAAAACCUACAGGAAGAUAGCACCAUGGACCCAGCAUUCCAAAGAUAUUAUGCAGACGCUCUCAAGAUAUUACAGCAAUGCUUUUUCAGAUGCUGACAGGCAAGACUCAAUUAAUCUAUUUUUGGGAGUAUUCCAGCCUGCAGAAGGAAAACCUCAUCUUUGGGAACUUCCUACAGAUUUUUACUUGCAUCACAAGAACACUAUGAGUCUUUCACAGACAAGGCGAAGCUAUACCUACUGGUGGACACAAGGUGUAUUAAAUCAUUUACCACUGCCUUAUGAUGAGGUGACAUGCACUGAAAACAGAAGGAAGCUGAUAGUGAAGAAAUUUCACAAAUAUGAAGAAGAGAUUGAUAUUCACAAUGAGUUCUUUCGGCCAUAUGAAUUAAGCAGUUUUGAUGACACCUUUUGCUUGGCAAUGACCAAUUCUGUACGAGAUUUCAUGCCCAAGAAUGUUGGAAUUGAUCCUAGUCCAUUUACAGUGCGGAAACCUGAGGAAACUGGGAAAUCAGUGGUGGGGAACAAAAGUAAUAGAGAAGAAACUGUGCUGCAGCGCAAAACAGCUGCUAGUGCCCCUCCUCCCCCAAGUGAGGAAGCAGCAUCAAGUAGUUCUGAGGAUGAUUCUGGGACUGACAAAGAAGAUGAAGGAGCUGUUUCUCAGCGUUCCACUCCAGUAAAGAUGACAGAUACAAGCGAUAAUGUAAAAAUAACAGAGAACAUAGUUCAGUCCAUGAAAGAUAUAUAUGGGAUUAACCUCUCAGAUGUUCCUUCAGAGGAUGACCUCACAGUAUAUACAAGGUUUGUUCAAUUAGGACAGAAUCAACAUAAACAAGACAAGAGCAGCCAGCAGCUUUGUUCAAAACAUCAUCUAGAUGGGGUUAUAAAUAUAAUACACAUCUCCUCUUUUUCUCAAGACAACAUUUAUGAAGUCCAGCCUCCUAAAGUAGAUAAGAAAUCAAUUGAUAUCUUCCACGCUCACAUCCAGGCUGGCAGAGGUACCAUGCAGCCACUGAUAAAAGAAGACAUCCUCAUGUACAGAGAGUACAUUAGAAACCGAUAUAUGUGAAAACAGACUGUAUUCAACUGCUUAGCAUUGCUGGAGUGAUGGUACAAAUCAGUUUAGAAAGGAAGUCCAAGUUCAGCUAUUUUGUGGUGGUAAAACAAUGCAAUUAUUUAUCAACCUGUAUCUUUCUGAAUGAUUUCAUUUUUGAGAUAUUGUGUGCUUUGCAAAAAUAAAAAUGUGACUGAAGAUGUAUUCUCUUGGAUUGGAAAAAUAACAGUAUGUCUAAAAUCAGAAAAACUAAAUACAACUGCAAUUAAAUAUAUAGUAAUUUGAGAUAAGAAAGUAAACAGAGUAUUUAAAUUUAACAUUAAUUGAAACUACAACUAUAUGUAACACAAGAAAGAAACUUAAGUACCACAGUUAGCUCAUGACAGAAAAGCUCUGUUUUCAAUUGAAUGUUCUGUCAUUUGUUGAAAUUUGUUUGUUUAGCAAAAUAUGUGUGUAUGUUUAUAGCAAAGAUGGAAGAGGGGUCAGUUUGGCCCAGGUAUGAAACUGAAAAGUUAAAUCUAAAGUAGCAGACUUCAAAGCCAUAAUCCACCUCCAGUGUAGUUCUAUUGCAGAUAGCAACACUGGAAGCUGUAGUGUAGACCAAACAAAGGUGUUCUAAUGACCUAAUCAGUGUGGAUUUCUGUCAGGUUCCUUUGAAGUAUAGUGACUUUAUAAUUAUUGUGACUCAGUAAACAAUUUUGAGGAAUGAAUGCUCACUCUACUUAGAGACCAGUUUCAGACCAUAAAUUAGCAACUUCAGUUAAGGUUCAGAAAGAUGGGCUCUGCCUGAUAUACUGAGAGAUCUCUUGAACAACUGGAUAUACCAAGAAUUUUCCUAUCUCUGGACUGGUAAAAAGUCAGCGAAUUAAUAACUUUGAGAAACUGAAUACUGACUGUUCUUCUCAUCCCAGGCAAGCAUGGCCACAACUACAGUUACUAGCUUCUGCCAGCAGACUGGAGCUUCAGAUAUGAAGCUGCAUACUGAAAAGCAUAUUCUAAUGUUUACAGAGUAAGGAACUGCUCUCGUAAGUCAGUAAAAUUGAUUUG